UGAGACACACCGGGAGCACCGACUCGGCCACCGCCUCCCCCCGCCGCGCCCGCCGCCGCCGCUCCAACUACAUCCGGGGAACUCGGGCGACGCCGCGCUCGGUCAACGUCGGCUCUUUCCGGCUCUUUCCGACGCGCUCCGUCCCCUCUGUCCCCUUUGCUCUCGGGCGACUCUGCCUUCGGUAAACAUCGGCUGCGUCCGCCGAGCCUGACGCCCCUCAGUCCCUCCCUUCGGCAAACAUCGGCUGCCUCCGCCAAGCAGGACGACCUUCAGUCCCUCCCUUCGGCAAACAUCGGCUCCUUCCGUAACGAUCGGCCCUCCCUGCCCCUCCCGCCUCGGCCCGCUCUUGCGAGCUCUACCUGUCUUCGGAAAACAUCGCGUUUUUCCGGAGAGACGUUUCCGCGCGGCCGUCAGGGCGGCGCCGCGUUCGGAAGCGCUCGGGUAUUUCCGUGACCCCUCACGGGCCGGCGCGGUCGUUGGCGGGCGCACGGGGCCGGUUAGCCGAGGGCAGCGCGCCCUCGCUGGCAGAGCCGCUCCCUCGGUGGGGAAGAAUCGCGAUCCUGCCAGGCAGGAGGCCGUUGCUGAAAGGGGACUUCAGGGAGUGAGUGCAGGAUGACUCAGCAGGGAGCUGUUCUUCAGGGUUACAAUAAUGAACUAGUGAAAUGCAUUGAAGAUUUAUGUAUGCAGAAAGAAGAACUGAACAAACAAAUCCAGCAAGCAGAAGAGGAAAGGAAUAAACUCCAGCAUGAAAUCCAAGUCCUCAGUGAACAGCUGGAGUGUGUAUGUGAAAACCUGGCCCAAAAAGUGGCUUCACGAAAUGAGCUUGAUAAAAUACUUGCUGAAACUGAAGCUGCUUACAUGAAGAUUUUGGAUAGCUCUAGAACUUUACUUAAUGUCCUGAAGAAGGAAGUGGGAAGCUUAAAGCAUUCAUCAGAUCUGAAAACCAAUGUAACGUGAAACAGUCAAAUGUUUGGACUCUGCAGUGCUAAAAUUCCACUAGGUGAGAAGUGUGGUGAGCCACAGAACCUUACAGCCACAGUGUAAGCAGAGAGGGAUUUUCUUCCAGUCUUUCUGUAUGUUUUGUUAUUUUCAAAUGCACUAGAAAAUAGAUUAAAUAAAGUUGCUGUUUUGCUUUAAAAAAAUUACUUAAUUGAACACUAAAAAUAUAGCAGAUAGGUAGUUGAGGCAGAUGGGAGACUGUUAGUUUUGACAUCAUUGUGCUUCACGGCUUAGAAAAAAGGCAUGUUUUAUUGGUUGACUUCAGAUGGCUCCCAGUAAAUGAUUUUUUGAAAACUAGUGGAUGCAAGUCCAUCAGAUGCUACUUCUUUUCACUUUACAAAUGCUUAGGCUUUACUGUUGGGACCAAGUAGAAACGAGCUAUUUAGCUUGCUCUAGGGGCUUGGAGUUCUGUCUGGUGCAUGCACAAAGACGGCCCCUUUUACAGUGAUUGCCUACUUCAAUAAUAGAGGAAUAAGGUGAGAAAUUAGGAGUAAUGCAGGGCAUGGAGGCUUAAAAUUUAGCACUGUUUGUGGUUCAUGCAUCUUCUGAGGCUGUUCUUCAAAGCCUUGUUUAGAAAAGAGGUGUGCUGCAGUGCAAGUCAGGUUUGGUGCAAGUGCAAAGACAGCUAUACCAUGAAGGCUUGGACCAGUAACUCACUUGGGGGUAAAAAAACCGUGUCAGUAGCAACUAAAAGUCCUGGAAAACCACUGGGGUCCAUUUAAAAAUACAGAGGUAAAUAGAAGACCAAAGAAGAUAAUCCUGGCUAAAAGCCAGUAAUAGAAUGUCUGGAAGCCUUUUUUAGCUCCAUACUGAUCUGUUAAAUAAUUGUAGUAAGAUUGUGGAGUAUAAUGAACACCCUGAAAUUAUGUGAAAGAAGUACAAAUGAAAGGUGAAAGAAGAAAAUGAGAAGUGGUUUACAGCUAUCACCCCUUCUUACAGAGGACACUAAAAUAGAAAUUAGUUUAGAGAUCAGGGAUGACAUAACAGCGUGGCAUAAAUUUCAAUUUAAUGCUGUUUUUUGUUGCUGCUGAACCUCUCUGUUCUGCAGAAAUCUCAGCAGUACAUGCACAUACACGUGCAUUUUGUCCCACUUAUUUGUGUGCUAUAGCAAUAACUUUUUAAACUGUGUCUUGUCAAAUCUUCAUUCAAUACCAAUUAAUUAAAUUGAAAGAAGUGCCGUUGAAAUCUCCUGACUCAGUAGUGCUGUGUCUGUCAGGUGCACAUACAGAGGGAAUGGAGAUGUGAAUAAUUUUGGUAAUAGCUCUUCAUCAAUAAUAGGGAGCAAAUUUUAUGUUCUUCUGGUUGCCAAGCGACAUCAGGGGUGAGUGUGACUGAGCUAAUCACAGUUUACUUGUGACUUUCAGGGGCUUCCCUCUGGGGGAUUCCCAGUGGGCAAUACAGAGGUGAUAAAAGUACAUUAUCUCAGGGGCUUUGCUGUUGUGGUACUGCAGCAGUCAGGACCACCUUGUUUAUGUUGGAGGGAAACAUGAAAAUUUUGCUAUUUUUAGUGGCAAAAAAGUGGUUUAUUUGACUGGACAUUUUAUGACAUUCUGUCUGCCCUUAGACUCGUAGUAGUAACUGAUUUAUAAGAAAUAGGAAGAUUCAGGAAAAGUACUAACUAAAGAGCAAGAACUUUGAGUUGCAAAUGUAAGCUGCUGGUUCUUACUAGCUGCACUGGAACUCAAAAUUGUGAAAAACAAUUUGUGUCAUAGAAGGCUCAUUUAUAGAGAACAUUACAGUUAAUUUCUAGUAUUGGUCUCACACAAUAAUUACAGGUUUGUUUGCCUUAGAGUAAUCAUAAAUUACAAGGCUUCUUGUUCUACUGAAGCUGAUAAAACUGAAGAAGCAUUGAGAGAAGCCUUAAAAGACUUUAAAGAAAUCUACUUCACAGCCAUUAUUAUGUCUAGUUGUAGCUAUUAUGGUGUCAAAACUAAAUAAUUGGAGUUGCUUGAUUUUUUUUUUUAACUAACAAAACUAAGGGAAAAAUGUAACUGUUGACUAGUACUUAUGCACAUGCAGGGGCCUCCCAACCUUCAAAUAAAAAGUUGAAAUGUUGCUAGAAUUCCAUUCAGUGAUCCCAAUCCAGACUUUCCAUUUAAAUUCACAUUUUAAAGUGGAGAGAAAUAAUAGAUCUCUAGGGCCUGCUUAUUUUUAGAAUAACUCCCUAGUGUGGCAGUCAUCCUGCACCUGUAGAGUUGCUACUCAGAAAUAGUGUUUAGCAUUAUAUUCUGUAUUUACCCAAACGAACCCCUUUAUUGAAGUGGUAACCUUUUUCACUGCUUUUUCAGACACUAUAAAUCUUUACAUGAAUAGCAUUUGUUAAACAACUUCACUUUUGUUCUGAAGACAUGCAGACUAAGUUGGUCCAAAGUAUUGCUGGAAGAGAAGUGAUAAUUUGCGGAUGGCAGCAGCUCUUCAGGGAUAGCCUGAAACUGAAAGUUUGCCUGGAAUAAGGCAGGUCCUAAGUUUAAAGUAGCAUACUUACUCCUAACUUAAUUUUUGUAUUGAAUUUUUAUGACACACUUUCGACCUGAUGCUUUACUGGAGUGCUUGCAGUCUAGGAGCCUUACUGACAAAAGCUGGGUUCCUAACUGAAGUGUGUUGGGUGUUCUGUAUCUUAUUUAGUAUGUGAGGAGACAGUUUUUGAAACUCCUAUCUGUGUCUGAUUCAGAGGUUUAGUGAAAUGCAUCUGGAUCAGUUGUGUAAAGUUCUGAAUUUAUGUAAAGGCAGCUUUACCUGGCUUCCAAAUAACAGAACAUAACUGGAAGAGAUCUGAUGAUUCCCUGCUUUUAUAGCAGUACUUCUUGAAAAUGUGCCUAGCACUUAAAACACUAAUGAUCAACAGUUUUUUCAAAACAUUUGACUGUUGACUCCUUGCAAGUGAGCUGAAGAGAUUUUGGCAGUUACCAAAGAAACUGCUUGUGGGGUGGUAUGUUGAAGUAGAAGUAAUUUUCUGUAUGGAAGUGAUUAUAGGAACCACUGGGUGAAGUGCUUAUGCCAGCAGCUAUUCACACCCCAUGACUGUCUCUUUUCAAAGGUGCUUACCUUGCAUUUCAGGUGCCUCUGACGUGCAGUUUCUCUUAAUCACCUUACAGAAAUGGAGGUGAGUGGACUGGGAGUUCACCCUGAUUUUAAGGGUAGGGAAUAAAGAGAAGGUACGGAUCUGAAAUCCUGGUUAGGGAAGACGCAUGAGGGGGUAGGAUAGAGAGGUGGAGUUUCUCCUUAUUUCUGUCUGCUCUAAGUGUACUUGUACUGAGCUACUGCCUAUAGUUCUUGCUACCCAAUAAAUCAAAUUCUAGAAAUCAUCUGAGCUUGAUCUGAACUCUGGACAUUCUCCCCAUUUCUUUAAGCCCACGGAUGGUCAGCAAAAGAGGCAAUCUGCUGUGUUUUCUCUUUCUGUCUUUUUGUUCCAGCAGGAGGCUGUGGAAUCUGAGCCUCCUGUUUGCUAGGUAAGUGUGCUGCCAGGCUCACACAGGAUGUUGUUUCCUGUCCUGGAUGCUCUCCUAUGAACAGUCCUCAGGGAAUUGCUUGAGUUUUAUAAAGAACCUCCAGUUCUGUGUGUACUUGAUGUAGUCUGUAUGUCAGAUUGACCUUGGAGGGUUUAGGCAGAGGAUUGGCAGGGUUUUGGCUUUUGGUGAAUACAAGAGAUUUGUUUCCUUGGACUAGGAAUUCUUCAGACUAGGAAGACUAGGCAUUUUCAAAUACCCAAAGAAUUGUACAUUUAAACAAUGAAGCAAGCUGUAGGUUAAACCCAGGUGCCUGGACCUUGGAUUGCUGUUUCAGAAUUGAGAAUCAUUUCCAUCUAGGUCUUGGGGUACAAGUGUGUUCCACUCCAAAUCAAGUAAGUGGAUUAAGCUGAACUGGUAAUUCUGUAACAAGAACAUUGAGAAGAUUGUUAGCCAAAGGAUUAAAUGUCUACAGUUAGUUCAUCAUACAGAUGAGUCUUGUCCAGAAGACCAAUAUCUAUUACUCCUUAGAUGAUUUUGCUGGUUAGGAGAGGUUUGAGCGAUAAGGUGUAGCUUGUGGCUGUUGCCUUAACUUUGAGCAGAUCCUAGAUUCUUGGGGUUUUAUGCAAGAAGUAGACAAAACAGUUACUUUUUUUAUAAUUUAUUUUCGUUUUUAAUUUCUUCCUUUUCAGGAAUGAGCAAAGAAUUAUUAAUAAAUAGUUUAGUGUUCAUUUAUUUGUGUGUGUGUUGGUGGUUUUCUUAACAGAUGAAUAGGCAAAUUUUCCUAAAAUCAGAGUGCUCUUCUAGCUUUAAUGUAUGUUUGUGUUUUUAUAUAUAGAUGUAAAUAUUUUCUUUUUUGGGUGAAGGACAGACUAGCCUUUGAUAAAUUUGUGCACCAAUUGCUUUGUCAGUGUCUUUUGUUUUACUGGGGCGGAGUCAGGCACAAUGGCCACUUCUUGGGUGUCUUCUUUUAAACUUGGGAUGGGUUUUUUUGUUCUUUGCCCUUUAACUACUUACAAAUCUGUCAGGGAUUUUAUUAGAUGCCCCAGAGUAGUCCUUGAUGGUCAUCUGCCUCAGUUGCUUUCUGAUGAAGUUUGGUUCACUGUCCAGCUGUAAAACCCAGCUACUUGCAUGUUAGGCGUUGAUGAAACGUGGCGAGGUUCACGCUUACAGAGCAGGGAGCUAUAUGGUCAUUCUAGCUCUAGCUUGUGGGGUUUGUGUGAAAAGUAGUGCAGCAUUGUAGUGUGUAUUGACUAAAAUAAAGUGCUAGUAGAAUUGGGGCUAAUAGAACACUUCCAUUUUGUAGUGGUUUUGAAAAGUAGUUUUACAAGAUCUUAUGGGGUAGAACACUUUGCAGGGUUUUUUGCCUAUUUAUGCAAGACUAUGGAUAUGCUGCAGGAACUAGUACAGAAAAUUUGUAAAUUUUAAUACAAGCUUGGGUAUCUUAUUUAGCAGCACAAUGCAAAAUAAUAGUGUAAAAAAACAUGCAUUUUGAUCAUAGCACAUUGUUUGAUCAAACCCAUUGUUUGUGACCCCAUGCAAAGCUGAUAAUAUUUGUAAGUAUGCUUUAUUUGAAUAAAUAAAAUGGGGAAAAUGUUACUUUUAGAAAAGGAUUCAUCCAUAUUAGAGGAAAGCAAGCAUGUGUUGACAGAGAUCAUGUUCAGGAAAAGGCAUUUGAAUAAAGUCCUGGCGGUCAUGCUCUGGAGGUGGGGUUGAUUGCAAUUCCACUGAUCGUGGAGGGAGCUUGUUUCUCUCACACCUCAGUUCAGGGCCUGUGAAAUUUCAUGGAGUGGCUUCUCCUCUCAGCCUUAGCAGCACUCAGGUACAGAGUGUGUGUACUUGGUCCUUAAGGAUUUAGAACAGUGUUGAGUGUUCUUGUUUGCUAUCUUGUGUGAAGUAGGCAUGCAGCUUCCUGGCCAGCCUAAAUCAAGACCGCAGGAGUGUUAGAGACUAUAAAACAAAAGAGGCUGAACAAUUUUUAACACCUACUUUGAAAUAUGUUUAAAAUUAUGAAACCUGAUAGACUGGUCACAGAGCAUUUUAAAGUUACAUCUUCACAGGUGUCAUUUUUUGAGCUUCAUAUGCCUAGGUUCUCUUGCUUCAGUCAGAGCUGCCAUAAUUGGCUUGAGGUUUUCCAUUGAUAUGGGUUAUAUGGGAACACUUCCAGAAAAUUAUUUACACCAUAGUCCAUGACAGAUUUGUAAUUUACAUUUUUUUAAAAACCAUAUAGUUGAUUUAGUUGAACAUAGUAAAAAGUAUCAUAUUUCUUUCCUAAAGGCUUUCAAAUCUCUCUGUCUGUAUUCAGAAUUAGAUCAAAGUACUAUUUGUUGUUGUUGUUAUAUGAUUAUUAAAAAGUUGUUACAACUUGGAUACUGGUUCUGAUCAGGCAUGUCUGUCAGUUCCUGACACAAAAUCCUCUUCAUAUUCUGCAAGCUUAUACUUUCUUAAAACCUCUUUCUCCUUACACAAUAAGAGCACUUUAAGUUGAAUUUCAGCAUGAGAGAGUUUAUUAUUUGAAUGUUUUUUCAAUGUAGUUAAUAUUCAGGGAUGAAUCAUACUCUGUCAGGUGUUUAAACUGACAGUAAUUCUUAAAUGGUUGUGCAGUUGUUCAGUAGCAGAAAUUCUGCUAGACAUUUGUGCUGUUCACUGCCUUGUAGUGAGUGAGAUUAAUUGCUGUAAGUCAUGAAUCCAAGGUACUUUUUGUUAAAUACUGAGUCUUCCUCAAGUGUUGUUUGCUAGUGUGAGUGGAAUGGAUACGCCAUUCCAGGGAACAUGAAGUGGAAGACGAGCUGCCUUUUUAGUAGAGACCACCAUCUGGAAAGAGAGGAGCAUCCUUGUUAGCCUUGUUGUAAGGUCCACUGAAGCAAGCUGAAAAAAAGAAAACCCAGUCCAUGCUGACAGUCACAGGGAAUGUGAUACCCAAUUGCAGCCAGGUUAUCUUUAAAGGCAGGAGCUCAGGUACAGCUGGAAGCAGUGUAGCUGCUGCAGAACUGGGCUCAGUGAGGGUUGUUUUGUCCUGCCAAGAAGCAGUUGGC